CAAAAUUCGACAAAAAUGUCAGGAAGAGGCAAAGGUGGCAAAGGAUUGGGCAAAAGAGGAGCAAAGAGGCACAGAAAAGUUUUAAGGGACAACAUCCAGGGAAUUACAAAGCCUGCAAUUCAUAGGCUCGCUCGUAGGGGAGGAGUUAAGCGUAUUUCUGGUUUGAUUUAUGAGGAGACGCGUGGGGUUUUGAAGAUAUUAUUGGAGAAUAUGAUUCGUGAUGCUGUGACUUACAUAGAACACGCUAGGAGAAAUAUUGUUACCGCUAUGGAUGUUGUUUAUGCACUCAAGAGACAGGGCAGGACUCUCUAUGGAUUUGGGGGUUAGGUUUUUGGAAUUAGGGUUUGUGUGGGUAAUGAUUGUAGAUCAUUUUAUCACUUGUUGUGGAUUAGAAUUUCUUAGUUUUUGUUUGAGCUUGGUAUUGUA